AUGCUCAUCAAAGUCCACGAUGAGAUUCUCGAUUGGGAAUUCGAGAUUGAUGGCCUUGUCGAAACUCCGAUAAAGAUGACCGUAAGGGAUCUUAUAAACGAAUACCAGCAGUUGACCUAUCCAGUUACAUUCGUAUGUGCUGGAAACCGCCGAAAAGAGCAAAACAUCGUACGAAAGACAAAGGGCUUCUCCUGGGGUGCCGCAGGAUUAUCGACUGCUCUUUGGACCGGCGUUGCUAUUGGCGACUUACUUGCUGCUGCAAAACCCAAGCGUGGAGCCCGAUAUGUUUGCUUUGAGGGAGCAGAUAAGCUACCAAAUGGAUAUUAUGGGACAUCUAUCAAACUCAAUUGGUGCAUGGAUCCCAACAGAGGUGUCAUGGUUGCACACAGGAUGAAUGGAAAGACGUUACACCCAGAUCAUGGCAAGCCUGUCCGCCUCGUUAUCCCUGGGCAGAUCGGUGGUCGAAGUGUCAAGUGGCUUAAGAAAAUCACUGUCACGCAAGAGCCUAGUGACAAUUGGUACCACAUCUAUGAUAACCGCGUGCUACCGACUAUGGUUUCGCCCGAAGAGAGUGCAGACCUGCCUGAAGUCUGGAAGGACGAGAAAUACGCCAUCUAUGACCUUAGCACCAAUAGCGCCAUAUGCUACCCAGCUCACCAGGAGAGUGUCACUCUCACGAACACUUCGGAAAGUUACAAGGUACGGGGAUAUGCUUAUGGUGGUGGUGGAAGACGCAUCACUAGAGUCGAGAUUACUCUUGAUAAGGGUAAAUCAUGGAGACUUGCAAACAUCCGGUACCAUGAGGAUGAUUAUCGCAACGCACCUGAAGGCGAUACUCUCUAUGGUGGGCGAGUCGACAUGUGGUGGCGCGAAACAUCGUUCUGCUGGUGCCUCUGGGACCUCGAAAUUCCCUUGGACGAAUUAAGAAACGCAGACGAUAUCAUGAUGCGUGCCAUGGAUGAAUCUAUGAACAUUCAGCCAAGGGACAUGUAUUGGAGCGUUCUAGGAAUGAUGAACAACCCCUGGUUCCGUAUUGUGAUUCACAAAGACGACAACGCACUCCGUUUCGAGCAUCCUACACAUCCUACUCUCAAAAACAAAGGUUGGAUGGAGCGUGUCAAGGAGGAUGGCGGAAACCUCACUAACGGUUAUUGGGGCGAGAAGGCUCCUGGUGAAGUGAAGGAAGUUGUCGUUAAGGAGCUUGAAAAACAGAUCUGUUUGACAAAUCCCCACAUCAACCGAGAGAUCACCAUUGAAGAGCUCAAGGCUCAUGAAGGUGAAGAUGAACCUUGGUUUGUCGUCAACGGCGAAGUAUACGACGGUACCCCUUAUCUCUCGGGCCAUCCUGGUGGUGCGGCAUCUAUCUUUGGUGCAGCUGGUCAAGAUGCCACUGAAGAAUUUAUGGCUAUUCACAGUGAAAACGCAAAGGCAAUGCUACCAACCUAUCACAUCGGUACCCUUAAUAAGGAGUCUCGUGCCAUUCUCAGUGGCGAUGCAACAGCAACAAGCGACGAUUCAAAUCGAGAAAUAUUUCUUCAAUCCAAGACCUGGAGCAAAGCUCUUCUCUGCAAGAAAAUGUCUAUUUCACCUGACACUAAGAUCUUUUCUUUCAAGCUCAACCAUGAAGGUCAGAAGAUUGGUCUUCCUACCGGCCAACAUCUCAUGAUGCGCCUGCGCGACCCUGCCACACGAGAGGCUAUAAUCCGCUCAUACACACCCUACUCAGAUGGAUCAGAUUGCGGCCAGUUGGACAUACUUAUCAAGAUCUAUUAUGAUACUCCUCAGCGCAAGGGUGGUGCCAUGACACAGGCGCUAGACUCACUGCCUGUCGGCCAUUGGGUUGACUUCAAGGGGCCUGUGGGCAAGUUUGUCUACCACGGCAACGGUCGCUGCAUCAUCAGCGACAGAGAGCGCCGUGUUCGUCGCUUCAUCAUGGUCUGCGGAGGCUCUGGCAUCACCCCCAUCCGCCAGGUCCUUCGUGCCGUAAUGCAAGACCCCAGCGACACAACACCCUGUAUUGUCUUUAACGGAAACCGCAGCUUCCAAGAUAUUCUCUGUAAGGAAGAACUCGACAAUCUUGAAGCGGCCAAUCCUUCAAAGUGUCGCAUCAUCAACGCCCUCACAGACCCGCCACCCGACUGGAGCGGUAUCAAGGGCUUUGUUAACCAAGCACUGGUCCCUGAGCAGAUGGCAUUGCCCAAACCAAGCGGUGAAGGCGAUGAAUUGGUACUUGUGUGUGGACCUCCUCCAAUGGUUAAAGCCGCCGAGGCCACAUUUCUGGGCUUGGGAUUCAAAUCGGACGAUAUGGUGUUCUUCUGAUUCAAUGAGCGCAGAUAAGUGAAAGAAUUAAAGUCUCCAAUAGUAAUGAGGUAUAUGAAGGCGUUGAUAAGGGCGUUGAUAGAACAAUUGAUUUUGGUAUUCCUUUAAACUACCUGUCCAAGUCCGAGACUUUCAAUAAAACAGUUUAACGUCUGGGCAUUAGAAUACAACAAUGAACAACUUAAAAGUCUGCUCUAAAACACAACCUGGCUGGCUAAUAUC